CGCCUGCUUCCAGUCUCUACGGAAGAAUCGGGCCAAGAGGGGAGGUCGUGGCACCAUUCUCACUCCUUCUUCCUACUUGGUGGGCAAAGCUCGGGUUGCAAGGACCGCCCAUAGGCGUGGGACUUCACGGCCAUCAGUGGAUUCUCCAGUGCUGGGUGAAAGAGAUGUCUUUAUAACACCGGUUCCAGCGGACCUCAUGCCUCAGGCAAACGUUGCGACUGUUGUUCUGCUUUCUUCUGCCUGGAUGUUUCAUACAUCAGCCUCCUGUGAGUAAAGUCGAUGGGAAUCAAUUCUGGAGCCAUCAUUCAAUUCUUGUUGCCCAGAUAGGAUCAAUUUGUGUACCCGCUCUGUGGCAACCACACCAGCUUUCUGCAAGGCCCCUUUUUCGUUCCCAGGAGAAGACAGCAUGGGAGGAAAUUGGUCCACACCUAAGAUUAAAACGGGCAGACAAGCCACGCUGACCACGGCAGCCCCAACGACAAGCCCUGCGGUCUGUCUCUCGAAACAGCCCAGCAAGGAACAUUUACUCUUGGCCUUUUUCGUUGGGAUUCUGCUGACACUGCUACUGCUGGCCUUUGUCUUCCUCAUCAUAAAGAGCUACCGGAAAUGUCAUUCCACUUCCCAGGUCCUGGAUCCUCACUCAGAUCCUCCAGCCAAGGUUUCCUCGACCCAGAUGAGUCUCUCAACUACGCAAGCAUGACUUUCAAAAUCUCAGAAGAAAAGCGCAAUCACUCGACUAAGCACCGUUCUGCAGACCUGGAACCCGUUGUCUAUGCACAGGUCAA